AUGAACACUAUUGCACCCAAUUUGACCGCUCUUGUUAGGAAGCUUGUUGGUGCUCACCUUAUUGCCCAUGGUGGUAGCUUCCUCAAUCUUGCAAAGCUGCUAGGGAGUACUGUACAGAUACUUGGUGCUGAACUCUCUUUUAAGGCCCUAAAGACUAAGCAUGCUACCGCAAAAUAUGAGCUUAUUUAUUAUGCAUUAUUAAUUGGUCAGCCUGCUCAAAACUUUAAGGGUAAAAUUUCUCGGUCACUUGUUGCAAAGACAGAAUUGGUGAUUAUGGAAGAUGCUCUUGGACAUGGUCAACAUAAUUCAAUGGGAUUGGAAAAACAGAGCCAAGGUAGACUUGCCAGUUCAACUAAAGGAAAGCCAAAGAUAGAAAGCUAUGACAAAGAUUGGAAGAAGGGAGUUGGAGGCUUCCAUCAAGCUCCUCACGGUGUGUCUGUGGAUGAGGAAAUGCAAAAGCUUCCUGUUGCUGAAGAAAAGAAAGAAAAGAAGAAAAAGAAGAAAGAGAGAAGUGGGGACGAUGAUGCUGCUCUACAAGCUGAUGCUGGUAAGGAAUCAGAUUAG